AUGGCGGAGGAGAAGCGGCAGAAGGAGGAGGAGGAGCGGAAGAGGGAGGAGACGAGAAAGGCGGAACGCGAAAAGGAGGAGAAGCGGCAGAAGGAGGAGGAGGAGCGGAAGAGGGAGGAGGCGAGGAAGGCGGAACGCGAAAAGGAGGAGAAGCGGCAGAAGGAGGAGGAGGAGCGGAAGAGGGAGGAGGCGAGGAAGGCGGAACGCGAAAAGGAGGAGAAGCGGCAGAAGGAGGAGGAGGAGCGGAAGAGGGAGGAGGCGAGGAAGGCGGAACGCGAAAAGGAGGAGAAGCGGCAGAAGGAGGAGGAGGAGCGGAAGAGGGAGGAGGCGAGGAAGGCGGAACGCGAAAAGGAGGAGAAGCGGCAGAAGGAGGAGGAGGCAAAGGCGAUGGAAAGGAGGCGGGCACAGAGGGAGGCGAAGUUAGAAGCUAAGCGCCAGCAGAUUGCUAAGAUUGCGGAAACAAAGCGGUUGGAGGCAGCAAAGCGAAAAAGAGACCUCGAAAUAGAGCGUCGGAAAGCCCUGGAGGAGAUCGAGCGUAUUGCACGGUUAGAGGAAGCCGCAAAGGAGGAAGAGGAGAGGCAACAAAUGGAGUUAGAGGCGGAAACAGAGAAAAUGGAAAACGAGAGGCGACGGAUUGCGGGGGAGGAUGAGGAAGGGGCAGCGGGGCAACGGCAGGGAGGAGAGGCAGAAGAAGGGUGGGCCGGGAUUCUUCAAGUGAUUUCAUUGGUUCCCGAUGAACCGCUGCAAGUAGUUGACCUCGUGGGGGAGGUGGAGGGUUCGGAACAUGUGACAGGCUCUGGAGGUCUAGAAACUCAACCGCCUUUGAAGAGGCUUCGCAUUGACCAGACCGGAACGAACUUCGACGCGGAUGAGGGGUCUUUGGGGGCUGCUGCGUCAGAGGAAUGUGUCGGUGAAAAUGUGUCGGGAAAUCAGAACGUUCAACCAACGUUGGGGGAGGCGACGGGAGAGGUGGCACCGCGAAGAGCGGAUGUGCUACCAGACGAGCUAGGGAAGCGGUGGGGGGAAACAAAGCAUUUCAGAUCGAGUGGUCUUACCACACGCGAGAAGAAGAACAAAAAGGGGGAAGUGGUGUACGUGCGCUACAACUCGGAGCAAAGCGUCGGAGGUGUGAAGAGGAACAUGGGGAGCUACAAGGAGCGGAAACUACGCGAUUUCACAGUGGCCGUCUGUUGGAUGGCCUACUUCCCCGACACCGACAUGGCCCAUUACGGCUUGGAUCCUGCCGAGCUUGGCUUGUGGGCGGUCCACCUCGAUUUCGCUCGUGAACUCCCGACGGGUGUCUGGAGUGUCAUGAACGAAUUGAACCUCGACAAGUUCGAGAACUUCGAAAACGUCAUGAACAAGACAAAUGCACGGGUGAAGGACGGCGCACAUUUCCAGGUGGCCGUUUGCACAGGGAUUGGACAGGCCCUGGUACACGGAGGGAGUGGGCUGGUGUCGCCCCCCGCGAAUGUCACUCCCGCGGUCUAUGCAGCGGGAGUAGCUGCAACCCUCUACACCUUGUGGUGUGCCUCGAUCGGCAUUCCCCACCAGGACUGGGCGGAGGGUGCGGAUGAGGCGGCUCGUGGCACGCUCAACGAGGCAAGCCUUGCUAGUCGAGCAACCUCUACUGCUCGCCUCGGAGUGUGGACCUUGAAGGCCGUGAAGAACCUAACGCACGAGAAGGCGGAUUGGGAAGUGGUGCUCACCAAGGCCAUUCUCGGCCUUGUGGAUCCCGAGCCCGGGGAGGCAGAGGCUAUUGAAAUGGCCAAGGUGGUUUCGAGGGUGCUGGUGUACUGGUGCGAGUGCUGUCACGCAAACCAGAGUCUUUACGCGUAUCAGGGUGGGAUGCUCCAUUUUCCCCAGCCCACAAAAGGGGGACGGCGGAAGGGGAAUGCGGGAGGCAACGAGUGA